AUGGUUGUUCUAGUCGCCGCUCGAGCCACCCAACAGGGCCUCUUCCAGGCAAUCAGUUUCACCUCGUUUCUAUCACAUUCGUGCCUAAAACGAGGGCGACCAUGCGCGCUCCUUUCCCGCCUCCAUUCCGCCUCCCCAGCACUCCCCUCCCCGUCGAUCCUCCGCGUCUCCCCGCUCACGCUCCCCGCCAACGGCCUCCGCUCCCCAUUAAAUCCCGCGCCAUCGCCGCAAAUCACGGAUGCCGAUUCGAAGAACCGACGCGGAGCCGCGUCCAAAUCCGCUCUCCUAACCUCCGCGCCGCUCUUUCUCCUUCCGAGCCAGCAACAGCAGGCGCCUCGUGGGGUCGCGGCUCGGGCUUCCUCUAAAUCCUCUCGAAUCGUCAAGGAUGCCUCUAAGAAGAAAGGCGGGAAAUUCGGUCUAGGAGGAUCCGCCCAGGAAGCGAAGCAGCAGCGAAGGGGGGGUAGCGGACACGGCGGCUCGGCUUUUGGGGCUAACGAGCUCACGGGAAACGGGGGAUUGCUCGAAGCGGAACCGUCCGAUUUGGGCGAUCUGGGUUUAUCCAAGGACGUGGACGCGGCGUGGCUUCUUAGCGGGUCGCGAGACAAUAUCGAGGAUGACGUGCCGGAUUCCCCGUUUCUAGACGCGGUUGUUAAGGUGUAUUGUACGCACACGCAGCCGAAUUUCUCGCUGCCCUGGCAGAAGCGGCGGCAGUUUUCUUCGACGGGCAGCGGGUUCAUGAUUCCGGGCAGGCGAAUUUUGACGAACGCGCAUUGCGUGGAACACCACACGCAGGUGAAACUGAAGCGACGCGGCGACGACACCAAGUUCGUCGCACGCGUGCUGGCGAUCGGCGUGGAGUGCGACAUCGCAUUGCUCGCUGUGGACGACGAAUCGUUUUGGCAGGGCCGUCAGCCGCUCAGGUUCGGCGGCCUCCCUCACUUGGAAGACGCGGUGACAGUGGUGGGGUACCCUGUGGGAGGCGACAGCAUAUCAGUUACCUCUGGCGUCGUUUCGCGCAUCGAAGUAACCGCAUACGCUCACGGCGCCUCUGAGCUCCUAGGAGUGCAAAUCGACGCGGCAAUCAACCCCGGGAACAGCGGCGGCCCGGCUUUCAACGACCGCGGGGAGUGCGUGGGGAUAGCGUUUCAGUCACUAAAAGACAGUGACACGGAGAAUAUCGGGUACAUUAUCCCAACGCCGGUCAUCUCGCAUUUUCUCGGGGAUUACCGAAGGAACGGGCAGUAUACCGGUUUCCCCGCGAUCGGAAUCCUCUGGCAGAGGCUGGAGAACCCUGCGCUCCGGGCAGCUCUGAAAAUGUCGCCCGGGCAGAAGGGCGUUCUCGUGCGAAAAGUCGACCCGACGUCUAAAGCUCAUGGGGUGCUACAGCAAGGGGAUGUUAUCAUGUCGUUUGAUAACGUACCCAUUGCAAGCGAUGGCACCGUGCCUUUCCGAACCGGCGAGCGCAUCUCCUACGGGUUCCUGGUCAGCCAAAAGUUUUCCGGCGAGGUUGCCCGGCUGGAAAUUCUGCGCGACGGGCAGCUGAUGAAAGUUCAGGUGGAGCUGAAGCCGCCGAAACGGCUCAUUCCGGUCCACACGGGAGGGAAACCGCCGACGUAUCUGAUAGUGGCUGGGCUGGUGUUCACUCCUGCAGUGCAGCCGUUCCUGCAGUCGGAGUAUGGGAGCGAGUUUGAGUUUGAGUCGCCGGUGUCGCUGCUGCAGAAGCUGCUGCAUGGACAUGCGGAGCAUGAGGAUGAGGAAGUGGUGGUGCUCAGCCAGGUGCUAGCGCAUGAAGCCAACAUAGGGUACGAGGACAUCACCAACACGUGCCUGGUGUCUCUCAACGGCACGCGGGUGCGCAACGUGCGACAGCUGGCAGCAUUAGUAGAUGCAUGCACAUCGGACUGGGAGAGCCAGCCAUUCAUGUGCUUCGAGCUGGAGCACCGGCAGCUCGUGGUGCUGGAAACCAAGAGCGUGCGGGCUGCCACUGCCGAUGCCAUGGCCGAUCACAGCAUACCCGCAAUCCGGGCACCAUCAGUAACCAAGCUGGCACCUUCCGCGCGCAAUCAGCGAAAGCCUGGCGAGGCUUUUGCCAAAAUUGCCCUUUUCGCUGCAGAUGCAUAUUCCCUCCUGAUUGGAGUGACGUUCAUAUUUGCAGGGCCGAAUUUCGCAGCACGCGUGGAGUGCCCGAAACACGUCGCUACAGAAUACAUGCAUGAAGGCACGGAGCAGCACCAGCAUCAGCCGGAGACGCGAGCUUUCAGCCGUCUGCGCCACACGCGUCCGCAGGCCAUACAGGUGCAGCGGCGAUGCGCGCUCGCCGCGCUAAACCCUCCCCGCGAAAGCUCCCCCAGCCUGAUUCCGCCCUUCUCCAGCAUGGCCCACUCCCCCAAUGGAUCGCAAGCGCGCAAACCGCACCUUUCCUUGAACGUCCCUUCCCCCUCGUCACUUCCGCGGAAUGUUUCCCCCUCCUGCCCCCCGCAAGCCCCCGCAAGCUGUACCGCCGCGGCGACGUCGCCCGCUCACUCCAUCUACUCCCCCGGCCCCGCAUCCGCUCCCGCGGGUCCUCCGCAACUUCUGCCUUCCGCCUCGCUUCUGCGCCGAGCUUCCGCGCCGACUCUUCCGGAGCCGCAGCCGGGCAUCGCGGUGGUAUCAAGAACUUGCGCCGCCCUAGCUUCUGACAGCUGCGGAACGCAAGCUGACGGGCCGAUGCGACAGGAGCAGCAGAAGCAGCAGCAGAGGGAGCAGCGGAAGGAGCAGCAGAGGGAACAGCGAAACGAGCAGCGGAAGGAGCAGCGGAAGGAGCAGCGGAAGGAGCAGCAUCGUGGGGGCGCCGACCACACUCACCCUGCGCGUGGCGCGCAGCCGCAACAGCCGCUUACCUUCGGGUCCGACGAGCAAUGGGAGCGGAUCUUGGCGGCGAGACGCGAGACGCGGCGCAGAGCCGCUACUAGAAUUAGUAUGGAUAGCAUCGAAGAGCGAGUCGGCGCUAUCAGAGGCGGCACGACUGCUGCCGUAACUGCCGCCGCGAUUUCUGGGAAGGGAGCGCAGCCGGCGCGAGGGGGGCUACAGCGCUCGGCCGGGAGCUGCGACGUCUGGCGACUCGUCUCAUCGAUGGACGCGCGCGAAUGCGACUCCCCGCCGGUGGGAACUCGCUCCGCGCGCCGGCACGAUCCGCGGGCCGCCACCGGCUCCGCCGCGGGGAAGCAGUCGGAGCGCCUGCGGCUGUCGAGGAGCGGCGGGAGCUGCGACAUGGCGCGGGUGGUGCAGAUGCUAGAGGAUGAGAUGGACCGCGAGGAGCGCGACGCGCGGAAGGGGUGUGCGGCCGCUACAAGCGACGCCCCGGGGAAGCGGUCGGAGCGCCGCCUGGCUGCUGGAGGGGCAACGCUGCGGGGAAGCGGCGGGAGCUGCGACAUGGCGCGGGUGGUGCAGAUGCUAGAGGACGAGAUGGAUCGCGAGGAGCGCGACGCGCGGAGUAAUGAUGUUCCCAGCAAUGAUAGGCGUGCGAGUAGUACCCUUGGAACCCGACAGCGGGGAACCGAAGGUUCGGAUUCUGCUGGUGGAAGCUGCGUGACGCGGUCAGGCGGCGCACCGCAGCCCGCCGGACCUUCUCGCUGCGUAAGUCCACUCCCGACUUGCAAUUCGCGCGACUCGCGCAGUCCAGCGGACACGUGCACGCGGCGUGGGCUGCGCGGCUCUCCGCAGGGCUCCCCGCUCCGCUUUGUGGUUCCGCGCAAGGCGACCGCGACUGAACGUGACCGCAAGGUGACGGCGACUGCUACUGCUACUGAAAGCAGCCGGGCUAUUCACUUUACUAGAAGUCAUGACUGGGACGCGGACUCGCCUAAACGUGGCGGAAGUGACGGUGCUGGCAGCGGCGGCGCAGGUGUCAGAAGAACCGGCCUUCGUCGCAGUGGCGCUAGCCAAGAUGUCGCACCGUUGAUCCGCGAUCAUGGCGCAGAAGAAACGAGGUCGUCGCACCCGAAACGUGUGAAUCCCGUCGCUCAUCAUCGCGUACCUCUGUCCUCGUCGCCGUCAUCUAGGGGAGCUCAAGCUUUGCCCGUCAAACGCAACUUUGCCGGUCGCUCGAGCAGCUUGAGUCACAGCGGCGGAAGCUGCAACAUUGCGGAGCUUUUGCGCCACGUGCGGAACGAGCAGGCGGAAGAGUCGAAAGCGGAGGGGGUUGCGCGCACCCCAGUCGGGGUUGAGUCGCCGCUGCGACCCACUUUCGUCCGAUCCGUUCCCUUCCCCAGCAGCAUCAGCGAGUCGUCGCGGUCGCGCGCAGUGCAGCUGGUUGCGCGCGAAGAGGGAACAAGCGGUCUGGAAAAAGGGGGGCACCGAAUCGUCGCAGGCAGCAGCAAAUCGUCGCAAGCAGCGCAGCUAGUUGUGCGCGAAGGGGGAAGACGCGGCCUUGAAAAUGGGGUGCAGGGCGGGCGCACUCGAAGGCGGUCGAUUUCGGGAGAUGGUUCCGCUAGUUCCCCCUUUACUUGGGGGGAACAAGAGGAAUUCUCGGAACACGCGCGCUCGAAGGGGCUGGGGGAGGCACAGGAAGCAGGGGAGACGCUGUGA